ACACACACUCUUCUACCCUGGCAAUGAUGGCAACUGUUUUGGAUUCCCACCAGCAGUUUUCUGCAGAGCAGCAUGCCAUCAGACGGCUGGACGCGUCUGGUGGAGACGGACUGGAAACGGGUGGUGCCGACCCACCUUUUGCCAGAUGUCGCCCCCAUGCUGAGCAUGUAAACCUGGCUCCUUUACGAGACGACGUCCCACUGCUGGAUCCCUGCAGCGGUCACCUGAGCGCUGGAGCCGAGGUCGACCUGGGGGUCAGGGGUCGACCGAGAUUCAUAGAUUUUCCUCCAGGUUUCAAGGAGAGGCCACUCACGGCCGCAAACCCCUCUGUUCUCUGCGUCGACCUGAGGGAAGACAAGGCCUGGAACUCCAGGAGGAUCCCUGAUGCAGUCUUGAGAGCAAGACUCCGUGAUUCGACUGAUCCUGUUCCAUCACACUCACUGGGGACGUCAACUAAUGCAACGCCGCUUAACGGAUUCCCUUUUAAACAAACUGGAACUCAGGAUUCCUUCUCUUGUGGUACGAGGCCAUGGAGAAACAACUCUCUGGCAGUUCUGCGCUACAGAUACACUUCUGCAACACAGAGGAGUUACGAGGAAGUUUGUUGGGAUUCAAAAUUGCCCCCCCGCUUGAAGGCACCAGAUACAACCCUUGAGAAGUGGAGCGACCCAGCGAGUGAGCUCACCUCAAGGAGGCGCUGCGGCAGUCGACCUCAGACGGGGCAGACGAAUGGAGCUGAGUGGAGCGGCCUGCAGCUGGGACCGAGGCCUGAUGCCAGGAGGCUCGUAUCACUGUAAGUUUCCGCCGACUGGUCUUAAGAGCACUAAAUGAACAUGACCACUGGCAACAUCUCUGUGUCCUCUUUCCAGCUGCAGUGAAUGUCCGAGGUCAGGUCAAAUACAGCUACACACGUAUUUACACUCUUUAGUUCCCAACAUGUAUUCUGUGUGUGUCUCUGU